AUGCCCACUGCAACCGCCAAAAUCGACGGCAAGGUAAUCGCCUCGUCCUCAUCCUACCAGACGGUCGAGGGCAACGUGUACUUCCCGCCGUCCUCGCUGGCCCAGGACGGGGGUGCGACGCUGACGACGUCGGCGACGCACUCGACGUGCCCGUGGAAAGGACGCGCCAGCUACUACAACAUCACCACCGCGGACGGGCGCACCGUGAAAGACGCCGCCUGGUACUACCCCGCACCCAAGGACGGGGCCGCCCACAUCAAGGAUUAUAUAGCGUUUUGUAAGUUUGUCUAUAUUCAUUAUUUUGGUGCAACUCGACGAUAA